GCGGGCGAAAAUUGGGAACCAGACGAGCUCCAGCUCUCCGAGCCAGGCUUCGAAGGCAACGGCGGCGCGGGCGCCUGACCCAGACAACAUGCCCAUUGCCAGAAUGCGCAUGAGACCCUGGCUAGAGAUGCAGAUUAAUUCCAACCAAAUCCCAGGCCUGACCUGGAUUAACAAGGAGGAGAUGACCUUCCAGAUCCCAUGGAAGCAUGCAGCAAAGCAAGGCUGGGACAUCAACAAGGAUGCCUGUCUUUUUCGGAGCUGGGCCAUUCACACAGGCCGAUACAAAGCUGGGGAGAGGGAGCCAGACCCUAAGACUUGGAAGGCCAAUUUCCGAUGUGCCAUGAAUUCGCUCCCUGACAUAGAGGAAGUGAAGGACCAAAGCAGGAACAAGGGCAGCUCAGCUGUGAGAGUGUACCGGAUGCUCCCACCUCUAACUAAGAAUCAACGAAAAGAGAGAAAGUCCAAGUCAUCCAAAGACUCUAGAAGCAAGAGCAAGAGAAAGUCCUGUGCAGAUUCCAGCCUCGACACUCAGUCAGAUGGGCUUAGCAGCUUGACUCUCCCAGAUGACCACAGUGGCUACACAGCUCAGGCUUAUGCAGAGCAGGAGAUGGAGGUGGAGAGCUCCUCGGUCUCUCUGGAUCUCUCCUCCUGUGAUGUCAGCAGCACCCUCCCUGAUUGGCAAGUCCCAAUGGAUAUCAUCCCUGACAGCACCAAUGACAUAUACCCCUUCCAGGUGUCACCGAUGCCUUCCAGCUCUGAUGCAACGGACGAGGAAGAGGAGGAAAAACUACCUGAAGACAUCAUCAAGCUAAUAGAACAGUCCGAAUGGCAGCAGACUGACAUUGACGGUAAAGGCUAUCUGCUUAAUGAACUCGGCACUCAGCCCCUCUGCAGUAAUUUCAGUUUCAACUUAAAAGAAGAGGAGAGCGACACAGACGGGCCAGGAGAGGUUAUUGAGUUGAAUCUACAUCGAGCCUUCACAGAACUGAGGACCCUGGAUGCAAGUUGGAUGGACACAGUGCUGACACCUGUCAGAACAUCUAGCAUCCAGGCUAUUUCCUGCGGGCAGUAAUGUGUCCUCUGUUUCCAGAGAGCUCGAGGGCAGCGUUAUGGUGGCUAAUUCAAACAGACCUUGUGGCCUGGCCUUAGAAGAGGUCUGGGCCUGUCCCCUAAGAAGACUGGCAACGGGAUUUCAAUGCAUGGCAGACAAACACUGAAGCAGGGGCUGCAACUCCAUUUCUAUCAUUAGCUUCCCUUCUUUUCACCUCCCACCUGCUGUAUUCUGGGCUGCCCCAGUGAGCUGUGGUAGCUGGGAGGUCUGGACAAACGCUCUCUAUCCCAAUGUGGGGGAAGGAAGGAAGGAUCAGUUCAGUCAGGCCUCUUGAUGUGCUGUGCUGGACAAGAGCAUCAGCCAGAACCACUGGUGACAGUCAUUUGCACUUAAAAAAAUGGCCCUAUUUCAUAAUUGUUUGCACUAAGUGAG